GUGACUUUGUUUUGCGGUUCGUAUUGAAUUGGACACGUUGUCAAUAAUUACGAAGCGUAAUUUACGUUGAUCUUAUCGUUUUAUUUUUCACUAAAACAUUUUAAUAUUUUUCAUAUACCCGUGUUAAAAUGUCCUCAACCGAAGAAACUAAUCAGCUGAAGGCAGGACACCCUCCUGCGGUCAAAGCGGGAGGCAUGAGGAUCACUCAGCACAAGGUGCCUCAUACCAAGGACGGCAAGGAGCUCCCCAACGAGGACCUGACGGGGCUCUCUGGCCCAUCGCCUGUGCCCACCAACCCCAUCACGAUCUCCGGAGCACCCAACAAAGGUAAUGCCGACUUCACACCGCAAGCGGCCCAGGUGGCUCACAGUCCGAAGCCUCCUGCGCACAUCAACGUUAAGCCCUGCCCCAACAUCCAGCAACCCAGGAAGUAGAUGAUAUCAUCCAAAACAUAUCGGUCUUGUGUUAGGUGUGUAACAUCUCUAUAAAAUAGAAGUAAAAGAUUCCAUAACAUCCAAACAUUUAAUCUUUCAAAAGGUGUUCUAAUUUGAUGUGCAUUGCAUUGCAUAUGCAGUUCCGUAACUUUACGUAUUGAUAGAUAUUUUUACUUGAAACCAGUUUAAAUAAUAAAUAAUAAUGCGUAACUUGUUAGCUAUGGUGAGACUAUUUAGUUUUAUAACUGCUUAUAACGAGACUGUAUGACACCUGUGUAAAUAGAGUAAGUAAAUUAAUUAUUGUACUCCUACACCUAACAUAAACUUAAAAAACUAUGUCAUUAUAAUUAUAUAGAACUUGUGUACUACCAAAUUUUGAUGUUCACAGAAAGAAUGAAUGUAAGUAUAUGGUCAUAUUAUUUUGGAGUUUACUUUCAUGUUGUUUCCGUCAAAAUGGGAAAUAAGUAUUGUAAAAUUAUAUAUUAUUAUCAUACUUAAAAAC